CAUUAGAUGACCGGCCAAAGGGUGAAGAAAAAAAGAUGGCAACUUCCUUCCGAUAGAAAGCACCGGCUUGGGACGGGAAAGGGAAAGAGUGGCCCAACUGGACAACAACAGCCCAUAAGUCAGCCUGCUACAGCCUCCUUGGGCUUAAGUGGAGGUGGCGCUGAGAUGCUGGGCGGGGCCUCUAGAAACCGCGGGGGCCGGAGGCGGCGCCUCGAAAACCACGCCCGCCUCCAGGUGCUUAACGUCACGCAGCCCGCGCCGCGCUGAUUGGCCCCUUCGGGGAGCCCCGCCCCUUCAGCUGUAGUCGCGCCGGCUUAGGCGUCGCCGCCAUCUUUGUUGAUGUGUCAGCUCCGCAGGGGUUUUGGGGGAAAACCUCCGCUGAGAGCCCGGGAUCGGCAGUGGUCUCCGCGCGUGACUUCCUCACCCACUCCGCGUCGGCUACACGCAGCCAUGGGUUCGUCGGCCCUGGAGCCGGAGCUCCAUCGGCCUCGCUAGGGUGCGGCCCGGGGUUGGAGGACGGACGAUGUAAAUGAAGAUCAGGAGCAGAUUUGAAGGAAUGCAAAGUGAAUUGGUGCCAGUCAGCAUGUCGGAGACAGAACACGUAGCCUCCAUUUCUUCUGACGCAGCUCCUGAGGAAACAUCAGAGUUGAGGGAUGACUCGUGCGUCUCAGUUUCUGCUGACGAAAGCAGCACAUUAGAAACAGGAGCUGAACUAUUGUCAUUGGACUCUGACAGAAUUUUAUGUCAGACUAAUGAACACUGUAGUCAGACCGAAGUACAGGAGAGCCAUAUUCCAGACGGUGGCAGUGGUGAGAAUUCUUGUGCUAACACAGACACAUGCCCAAAAGAUUCUGGACAAAUAGAUGACUUUCCUGGCGGAGACUUUACAGAACAAGUGUCAAAAACCAAGGAGCCAGAACACACAGUAACACAGAUACUGGCAGAGUUAAAGUCAUCUACACCCACAGAAGCUGGUAAUCCAAAGACGACCUCAGCAAGCCUCUACGAUACAGACUGCACCAGGAAGCUCAUUUCAAAGAUGAAGACUGUUUCAGCCUCAGACGAUUUGUUGGGAGAAAUCGAAUCUGAGCUCUUAUCUGCUGAGUUUGUGGAGGACCACCAAGUCCCAAAUGGAGUGAAUAAAGGAGAGCAGGCCUUAGCCCUGUUUGAGAAAUGUGUGCACAGCAGGUACUUGCAGCAGGAGCUCACUGUUAAACAGUUAAUUAAAGAAAAUAAGAAUCAUCAGGAACUUAUCUUAAAUAUUUGUUCAGAAAAAGACAGUUUAAGAGAAGAACUGAGAAAAAGAACAGAAACAGAGAAGCAGCAUAUGAACACAAUAAAGCAGUUAGAAUUAAGAAUAGAGGAACUGAAUAAAGAAAUUAAAGCUUCCAAAGAUCAGCUAGUCGCACAGGAUGUCACAGCUAAAAAUGCAAUUCAGCAAAUCCAUAAAGAGAUGGCCCAGCGGAUGGACCAGGCCAAUAAGAAAUGUGAAGAGGCCCGUCAGGAAAAGGAGGCAAUGGUAAUGAAGUAUGUGAGAGGCGAGAAGGAGGCUCUAGACCUGCGAAAGGAAAAAGAAACCCUUGAGAGGAAACUUAGAGAUGCAAGUAAGGAAUUGGAGAAAAACACUAACAAAAUUAAGCAGCUGUCUCAGGAGAAAGGGCGGCUGCAGCAACUCUAUGAAUCGAAGGAAGGUGAAACAACUAGACUCAUCAGAGAAAUAGAGAAAUUAAAGGAGGAGAUGAAUUCUCAAGUCAUUAAAGUAAAGUGGGCGCAAAACAAGUUAAAAGCUGAAAUGGACUCACACAAGGAAACCAAAGAUAAACUCAAAGAAACAACUACAAAACUAACCCAAGCAAAGGAAGAAGCUGAGCAAAUCCGGCAGAACUGUCAGGACAUGAUAAAAACCUAUCAGGAAUCUGAAGAAAUUAAGUCAAAUGAGCUUGAUGCAAAGCUCAGAGUUACAAAGGGAGAACUUGAAAAACAAAUGCAAGAGAAAUGUGACCAGCUGGAGAUGCAUCAUGCCAAAAUCAAGGAGCUAGAAGAUCUCAAGAGGACGUUUAAGGAGGGCAUGGAUGAGCUGCGGACAUUGAGGACGAAGGCGAAAUGUCUAGAAGAUGAACGCUUAAGAACCGAAGAUGAGUUAUCAAAGUACAGGGAAAUCAUCAAUCGACAGAAAUCUGAAAUUCAGAAUUUACUGGACAAGGUGAAAAUCACCGAUCAGUUACAUGAGCAGCUUCAAAGUGGUAAACAAGAAAUUGAACAUUUGAAAGAAGAAAUGGAAAGCCUUAAUUCUUUGAUCAAUGACCUCCAGAAAGACAUUGAAGGCAGCAGGAACAGGGAGUCUGAGCUCCUGCUUUUCACAGAAAAGCUCACGAGUAAGAACGCGCAGCUGCAGUCUGAGUCCAGCGCUCUGCAGUCCCAAGUGGCUAACCUGUCCUGUAGUGAGAGUCAGCUGCAAAGCCAGUGUGAACAGAUGGAACAGGCUAACGGUGAUCUGGAGAGCAGGUUGCUCAAAGAGGAAGAGCUUCGAAAAGAGGAAGUGCAGACUUUGCAAGCUGAGCUUUCUGCCGCGCAGACAGAAGCCAAAACCUUGAGCACCCAGGUGGAAGAGCUGAAAGACGAGUUAGUGACGCAGAGGCGCAAACACGCCUCUAACGUCAAGGACCUCAGCAAGCAGCUUCAGCAAGCUCGGAGAAAAUUAGAGCAGACUGAGAAUGGAAACUACGAUAAAGACAUUAGCAGCAUGGGAAGUCGCUCGAGUUCGUCAGGGUCACUUAAUGCUCGAAUCAGUGCUGAAGACCGAUCUCCAGAGAAUACCAGCUCCUCAGUGGCUGUGGACAACUUCCCAGAAGUGGACAAGGCCAUGCUGAUUGAGAGGAUUGUGAGGCUGCAGAAAGCCCAUGCCCGGAAGAAUGAGAAAAUAGAAUUCAUGGAGGACCACAUCAAACAGCUGGUUGAAGAAAUAAGAAAAAAAACCAAAAUAAUUCAGAGUUACGUUUUACGAGAAGAAUCAGGCACACUUUCCUCAGAAGCAUCUGAUUUUAACAAAGUGCAUUUGAGUAGACGCGGUGGCAUCAUGGCGUCCUUGUACACAUCCCAUCCCGCUGACAGCGGGCUAACACUGGAGCUCUCUUUGGAAAUCAACCGAAAAUUACAGGCUGUUUUGGAAGAUACAUUGCUAAAAAAUAUUACUUUGAAGGAAAACCUGCAAACACUUGGAACAGAAAUAGAACGCCUUAUUAAACACCAGCAUGAACUGGAGCAGAGGACGAAGAAAGCCUAACACAAAGCUCUUGCCUAGUAGACAGCCGAGCCACAGAGCAGCAGGUGCCACUGUCCAGUGUCCUCAAACAGUCCCUGCUUUGUGUCAACUAAUCAAAAAUUGGUUUUGCUUCCCUGUGUAGAGGUGCCCUUUUAUGAAUGGGUGUGUGGUGUGUGUGCCGUGAGCUUUGUGAGCUCAGCAAAGAUCAUUUCUCUGUGGUGCAGUCAGCCACCUUGUCACUAACUCAAUAUUGAAUUUGCUUAUUGCCCUAAAGUGCUAAUCAUUAGUACAAGGGUUAAAAAAAAAAAAACGUAACCACCGUCCUUUCCUUAGUGACAUCAGCCUGUGAAAAGUCUUCCUAAAGAGGGGUGUUCAUUAUCCAACCGCUCACCAUUUCUGCAACACAAAAAAGAAAUCUAGAGGAAUUAUAAAGGUUUUCAGUUCUGAUCUGGGCAGUGAUCACCCCUGUGGGCCUAGCUACUUCGAAGGCUAAAGAGGAUCUCUUGAGCUCAUGAGUUCAAAGCCAGCCUGGAAACAUCUUAAAACCCCAUCACAAUCAGCCCCCGUCACGGAGUAGCCUUGGGUUGUGGUGUGAGGAUGUGUGUGCGUACUUAAAUCAGUUCUGAGUUUACUGACAAGUAGACAGGAAAGCUGGCUGUAGGGAAUUAGCCCUGGCUGGGCACUGUUUGUCAGGUCUCCUUAUAUGACAUAGGUAUAUUUUCACAUUUGAGUUACUAGUUAAAUUUUAAAAUCGUUAGUGAUGUAAACAAUGAUUUUAAACUCUGUGAACUUAAAACUUUGCUGUGGAUUUGUUAUAUUUCAACAUGUGGACUGGAUCCAGUCAUUGGAACAGAUGUGUGAAGCUCUAAGGCUGAGGUGCUUUCUGCCAUACCUUGGUUUUACUGACAUUGUGUAGAGGGAAAUGUAAAGGGCUUGGGCGGAGGCUCCUGUGUGCCCAUCACAUGAGGAGAUGCUCAGUUUCCUCAAGUGCUGUUUCUGUAUGUUCUUUAACAGUUAUGUCUUCAGCCGAGGGGACUCUGGAGCUGAAUUGUGUAUCUUGUUGGAUGUUUACAGUGUUUAAGAUGUACGCUUAAAUGCUGCCAAUUGUAGUAUCAGCACUUCUGUCAUUGAAGUUUUUCUCAGUUGGUAGCGUCUUACAUCCCAGAACCUAAAACACCGCAUCCUGUGAGGCUGCCUGUAUCCUGAGAGAGCUUGCUGCAUAUUCAGUAAGCUUCGGUUUGGGGUUGGUUUUUAUUUUUUGUUUUUGGGGGUUUUUUUGGUUUGUUUUUUCCUCUUAAAGAACUUGAGCUUUGGGAUAUAUAGCUUUAAAGAAUUGUAUGAGCUCUAGCCUGGCAUGGCAGCUCAUGCCCAUCAUCCCAGCCCUCAGGAGGUGAAGGGAGAGUAUUACAGACGAGCCUCGAGUACACAGUGAGAUGCAGAUGCCUUGGAAGCCUGGACUAUAAUAGAAUUUUGCGGGCUCUAAGAUUACAGUCAUGAUGUCAGUGCCCUUUUACCGUGUUUUAACAUUUCCUCAAAUCAACAUUGAUUAUAAAUGUAAUACUAGAUGUCAAUAUAAUGUCUUUGUGAAUAUUAUGUUAUUACUCAAAACAUAUCUCUUAGCUUCAGUGUGAAAUGCAUUCAAAGUUGUUUUAUUUUAAGAUAGUUGUAAAAAGUAUUAGUCAUCUGUCUUGCUCUUUUUAUUAUUAAUAAUUUAUUAGAAUAAAAAUUAAGAGGGUAAGUGCAAUAUUCUGAAUUAUUUCCCACGUAUUCCCAGACACACUUCCCUAGCACUGGGGAGGUCUACAGAGCGUAGGCAGCCUAGCUACGCCUCCUGUUUCCUCGGGUGAUGCUGAGUCAUGAGCUAGAGCAUUUGGGGCUUUUUAAUCCCAAGACAUGAAAAUGCAUAGUGGAGACCAACCAGUGAUCAUGCCCACAGUAUUCUGUACCUGGGCACUCGUAACAUAUAUACACAUUUGGUAUAGAAUGGGACAAGCUUGUGUUAGCACUUGUGCCGCCAUGUACUUGGAGAACUUAAUAAUGUAAUAAUUUAAAAAUAUAAUUACUAAAAGCCGUGCUUUGAUCAUACACACUGUCCUCCCAUAUCUAUGAAGCUUAAAAAGCUGAAAAAGUUUUAUUUUCUUUUUCAUUAGGCAUCUCCUAUGUCCUUUCAUAUAUGGUCAAGACUGAGCAAAAUCAUGUGUAAGAAAUGCAUUUAUGUCCAAGAGAACCUCCACUGACUUAGGACGCACUCCUGGGGUAGAUUUGUUUCUGAGGUUCUUCUCCCCCUAGAAUACGUGGAGGAGAGACCCUGAGAUGACAGUGUGAAUUAAUUUGAUCAUUGUUAGUUACAAAUGUAAAUGACUAUUUAGUAAUAUUUUGGUAUCCUUGGGCAAGAAGUUGGUGUGCAUGCAUGUGUGGGUACGCACACUUUCCUGGCUUUCAUCUGAAAGUGAGUGCUUGGGACUCCUUUUUUUCCAUACCACUUGAGAUUUUGAGUCUGUUCAUUUCCAAGGAUUGAACAUGGUGUGUUUGGACACAAUGAACAGUUGUUGGUGGUUUGGUUUUGUUUCUCCAUAACCAUUUAAAAUGACUCGAUCAGGCUACACAGGUCAUUCAUUCACUUAAGAAAUACAUUUGCCUAAUAAACACUUUGCUGGGCACACUACAGGUGUCAUGGUUAUCACUCUCCAGUCCCUUGGGAUUUGUGGUCUCAUGACAACAGCAGGAUGGGUCUUCAGGCCUUACUCUCAGGCUGGCCUUUGCCACUGGGCUAAGAAGAGUGUUGUUCCGCUUGCACAGGUAGAUGAGCCAAGCGCCUCAGCCUGACUUGGAGCUCGGGCCUGGGGAGAGUGUUGUUCCCAUGGUGCUCUGCGUGUCUCCUGACUUGGAAGGGGAAAAUCCAAAGACUGUAAGAAGACAGUAGACUUUUAGCAUUUCGUAACCGCCUGACUGGUGCCUGUUCCAUGCUCCUGAAAUGAGUCCAAUUCUGUCGGGCAGCCUUCUGAAUUCCCUUGUACAGGCUGUUGGUUAUUUUCUAAAUAUUUUUACAAGAAAAUUUAGUCUAAAUUUGGAAGAACACAAACCCCCCAGAAACUAUCAAUACUGUAAAUGUGACACAUGUUGCCCUGGUAAGGAUUUAUAUAUAUAUAAUGACAUUCAUGCUAUGGGACUAUUGACUCUACUAAUCUCUUUUUCAAGAAUUUUUUUUCAGUUCAUUUUCAUACUGAUAUUGUUAAUACUUAACACCAAUUGGUGGCACUAGUGACCGAAAAUUGUUAAAGUGAACAAGAGAAAUAAUUGAAAUAAUUGAAAAAAGCAAACUAAUCUAAACAAGAACUUAGUUGCAUAUUGAGAUGUAUGUUUCCUCUUUAAUGGGCCCUUGAGAUGCAUAUGGCUAUCAUUCAUGCCUGCUGCUAUCUUCCCUUCCCGAGUGCAGGGGUGUCUGCGUUGUAUAGGUAACCCUGGGUUGACUACACUGUGCAUUCUGUAAAUACUCUGUAUAAAGUGAUGCUCUUCAGGGGAGUCUGUGUACAUUCUGUACUUAUUAAAUAAGCAGUGCCUGUUUA